CACCGAGCGAGCCUCAAGAAGCCCCUGAAAAGCAACAAGCAUGGUAAAGGUGACCGAAUUCAAGGUGGGCAUGACAUGCGAUGGAUGCUCCAGCGCUUGCACGCGCAUCCUCAGCAAGAUCGAAGGCGUGACGGACGUCAAGUGCGAUGUGGAGAAGCAGCAGAUCCUCGUGGAGGGCGACGCCGACCCCAACGUGAUGCUGGAAGCGCUGCUCAAGUGGUCGAAGGCCAGCGGCAAGAGCGUGGAGCUGGCGGCUUAAAUAAGCACCGUGGAUCUUCCUUCUCCGGUAUGUGUCGAGUAUAUCCCAAUGCUUCCUCGUCGAGCAUCGCAGAGACAGAAGAAGCUGGCAAGGACUAAACUCAUCGAAGAUUAUUUCGUGUUUAAGCUCGUGUCGUAAUUUCUCCACCCUGUGUCUGUCCUUGGUAUCCUUGCCAGAGAUCCUUUGACAGAGCAAGCUCAUAUGGACAGCGGCUACUUAGUUGGGAUAACGUCGUGGAUCGAAUAAUCAGCUGAUGGGGCUAGUCGUGUUUGUCCUAAUUGCCAGCUCGUAGCUGAACCUUCAACAUGGUCUCUGUGAGGUCCACACCGAGUCUGACCGCAGAGUGAGAGCAGUCUGCACAGCGACUCGUUGUCGCGCUGAGGUAAUCUUUGUAAUCUUUGCACGCCGAAAUUGGACCACAGAAGCAGCAAGAUCUCCUCCCCGGCCUUAGGAAACUUCCUCCGCGUGACGCGUUGGUGGAUG